UCUACUCGCCGAUAUGGAAUCCCAUGGCUUCCACUCGAUAAAUCUUUCUAUUCCACAUAUCUCAGAACAUACGUUUCUCUUGGUCUUCUCAACAAUUCACCAUUAUGGCGGUUUCUAAUCUAUCUGCUGCAAUCCAUUCACAGCUCUGCUCUAGCAAAAAUGGGAUUUUCUCUCGUUGCCAAGCUUUUACUUCGAAACCCACAAAGACCCAAUUUGUGGGGAAGGAGAAGGGGAUAAGGAUAACGUGCCAAGCUACCAGCAUUCCAGCCGAUCGCGUGCCCGACAUGGGUAAGAGGGAGCUCUUGAAUUUGCUUCUUUUGGGUGCCAUUUCACUCCCAACCGCCGGCAUGUUGGUUCCUUAUGCUACCUUUUUUGCCCCUCCUGGGUCAGGAGGUGCUGGUGGUGGUACCGUAGCAAAGGAUGCCUUGGGCAAUGAUGUCAUCGCAAAUGAGUGGGUCAAGAUCCAUGGUCCAGGGGACAGGACCCUUACACAAGGGCUAAAGGGAGAUCCAACUUACCUUCUUGUGGAGAAUGACAAGACUCUUGCCACCUAUGGUAUUAAUGCAGUCUGCACACACCUUGGGUGUGUUGUGCCAUGGAAUGCUGCAGAGAAGAAGUUUAUUUGUCCUUGCCACGGUUCCCAGUACAACAACCAAGGCAAGGUUGUCAGAGGACCAGCACCUCUGUCCUUGGCCUUGGCUCAUGCAGACAUUGAUGAUGGAAAAGUAAUAUUUGUUCCAUGGGUUGAAACAGAUUUCAGGACAGGUGAAAACCCAUGGUGGUCUUAGACCCCCUCAUCACCUUCAAAUUUCCAUGUGUUCAAGUUGGACCAGGUCAAUUUGUUUGCUCCAACCCAAACUCUACUUGCACUAGAUAGCAAUCUUCUGCAAAGUCAAGCUUAAAAGCUUUAUUGAGAACCCAAAUUGAACUUGAUGACAAAAGCCUUCAUAUAUUGAGAGUACUAUUGCUUAUUCUUUAUAUA